GCCAAGUUUCCACUUACAUCCACCAUUUUCAACGCCUACCUAGUCAACACCCUACAGAUACAACACCGACGCAAUACGAUAAUCACUAAUGUCAUCAUUCGAAACGCUCCAAGAGCGGCUCACGGCCCUCCAGGAGACGACCGGCCAGCUAAAGGAGCUCAUCGAGCGUCUCGCCACACUCAAAUUCGAGCCCGGUUCCGUUCCUCUCAGCAACAGCAUCAGCAGUCUCGCCAACACUGGCGCCGAUGGAAACACCAACAAUGAGGCCGCCGAUUUGAGUGCCGAAAUCAGCCAGGUCUUGCGCGAGGAGGAGGAGGAUCUGGAGUUGCUGCAGGAGGAGAUCAUCGACUUGCGCUCCGGCCGCCCAGGGAGUGAGGCAGAACACAAGAAGACGAGGUUAAAGGAGGGCGCGCAGCGCUUGGCUGUUGAGCUGAAGAGCUGCCGAACCUCGUUCCGCAAAGCCCAACUCGCCGCGCGCCGCAACCUCGAAACCGCCCAGCGCCUCGAGCGCCAACUCCUCCUAGCCUCCUACGUCGCCGUCGCCGCCAACCUCGCCGCCGCAUCAUCAUACCGCGGCGAAUCCGGCACCUCAACACCCGUGUCGUCCGCUGCCGCCGCCGGCGGUGCUCCUCAACCAACCUCAACCACCCCACCCCCUCUUCCAACCUCUUCCGCCGCCGCCGCUUCUUCCGAUCCAUCCCAACCUCCUCUCGACCCCCGCCAAGCCCUCUUCGGCAACCGCCGCCGCAAGCAGCACCAAACCACUUUACCCCCUUCCCACGACUCCGAAGUCGUCUCCGCCUCCUCCACCGUCACCGACGCCCUGCGGCGCACGCACGCCCUGAUCGCCUCGGAAGUAGCCAAGUCGGCCUUCGCAUCCCAAACCCUCGCGGAAAGCACCGCUGCUUUAAAGGAACUGCAGCGCAGCUACGAGGGGAUCGAUUCCCUCUUGUCACGCUCGCGGGACUUGGUGAGCACGCUGCUGCAGAGCCAGAAGAGCGAUACGUGGUAUUUGCGGACGAGCCUGUACAUGCUGCUGUGCACGCUGGGGUGGUUGGUGUUUAGACGGUGGUUGUAUGGACCGCUUUGGUGGGUUUUGUGGUUGCCGUUGAAAAUGGUUUGGAAGGGCGGGAGGGUUGCUUAUGAUGUUUCGACGACGCACCAUGGUCAUGGUGGGGUGGAGACUGGAGCAGGAGGGGGGGCGAGGAUGGAGGUUUUGGUUGGGGAUGAGAAUGGGAAGGGAGGAAGGAGUGUGGUGGGGAUGGCGGAGGAGGGGGCUGUUCCUACGGUUCAGGUUGAAGUUGGCGGCGGUGGUGGCGGUGGGAAAGCGAAGAAGAGGGAUAAUGAUAAUGAUGUGGACCCGGAAUCGAUGGUGGAAAAGGUUGGGAGGAUCAUUGAGGAGAACUUGCCGCCUUUGGAGGAUGAGAAGGAUGAUGCCCAGAAGGUCGUGGUCGAAGAUCCAGAGCUGGAGCAAGGCUGGAUUGGUCAGGAGAGAAUCUUUACUGGGGAGCAGGGAGAGAAGGGAGAAGAGGAGGAGGAGGAAGUGGUACAAAGGAAUCCCAAGAAGCGGAUGUGGGAAGAACCCGUGGUGAACAACCCGAUUAGGGAUGAGCUUUGAGGCUUGAUAGUUUGCAGGAGUUUAGCAGAUGAAGUCUCGGUCAGAAGCCGCUUAUCACUUAAAGAGCUUGAAGCUGAAGAUGA